UCGGGGGCUGAGGGGUGGCUGGGGGAUCCUGGUCCAGCCAGGGCCCGCUGCUGCGCACACCUCCUCUCUCGUCCUCCAGGCCCAGGCCGGAUGGCUUCCAAGCGACCGACGGUCCUCGGCAAGAGGAGCUCCCCACCCCUGCAGCUUCCCCGGUCCAAGAGGAGCUGUGUGCGGGUCCCUGGCCGCAGAAACGUGCCGCCAACCUGGGGCGUGGGCAAAGGAGAUGCUGCUGCAGGCUGGAAUCAGCUUGAGUUGACUGGUCAGAGAGGAUACCCUCAUAGCAUCAUUUGGGCUCUCCACCAACAUAAGCUGGGCGGAGCACCUCGGAUAUCCUUCCAACACUGUCUUCAGAAGGCCUUUUUGUACUCUUUGGACUGCUACCGAAUUUUCCGCACAGCAAGUCCUUUUGAUCGGAGAACAACGUGCUUGGAAUGGCACCCAACUCACCCCAGCACUCUGGCUGUGGGCUCCAAGGGUGGGGACAUCAUCCUCUGGGACUAUGAAGUACUGGACAAAACCUAUUUCGUUAAAGGGAUUGGAGCUGGAGGGAGCAUCACGGGGAUGAAAUUUAACCCUCUGAACACCAGCCAGCUGUUCAUUUCCUCAGUGGCGGGGACUACCAGCCUGAAGGACUUCCUGGGCAACACAAUCAGAGUCUUCACCAGCACAGACACCUGGGACUACUGGUACACCAGUGUGGAUGUGUCUGCCAAAAGCCGCGUGGUGGUCACAGGAGAUAGUAUGGGCAAUGUGAUCUUGCUGAACAUGGAUGGCAAAGAGAUAUGGAAUCUCAGGCUUCACAAAAAGAAGGUGACCCAUGUAGCUCUGAAUCCUCUCUGUGACUGGUUGCUGGCCACAGCCUCAGUGGACCAAACAGUGAAAAUCUGGGACCUGCGCCAGGUCAGAGGGAAAUCUUCCUUCGUCUACCAGAUGCCUCAUGAGCGUGCUGUCAGUGCAGCUUAUUUCAGUCCAGAUGGGGCCAAACUCCUGACCACAGACCAGCACAGCGAGAUCCGGGUGUACUCCGCCUCCCAUUGGGCAUGUCCUCAGCAUCUCAUUCCCCACCCUCAUCGCCACUUCCAGCAUCUUACGCCCAUCAGGGCAACAUGGCACCCUCGUUAUGACCUCAUCGUGGUGGGUCGAUAUCCAGACCCCAAUUUUGCAGGUUUCACCCCUAAUGAGCUUCGGACGAUUGAUUUAUUUGAUGGGAGUUCGGGGAAGAUGAUGUGUCAGCUUUAUGAUCCAGACUCCUCUGGCAUCAUCUCGCUUAACAAGUUUAAUCCCAUGGGAGACACGUUGGCCUCCGCAAUGGGUUAUAACAUUCUCAUCUGGAGCCACCGGGAGAUUGUGACAAGGAAGCAGGAGGGGCUGAUCAAGGUGAUGAGUGAACAAGGACUAGGGAGGGGCGGGUCAGCCCACCAGCCCUCCCCUCGAAACAGACCACGUCAGAAUAGCAAACAGCAGCAAAAGGGUGUGUGCCUAGGAGGACAUGCAAGAACAAAGCCCAAAGGGCAGGAUCCAGGAGCCCACCUGGGGCCAAGGCCCUUUCCUCUGGAAGGCUGGGGGAUAGCAGUUACUCCUAAUGCCUCCUCUGUGUUUGGUUACCACGCUGGCAGUUUAAUUUGGGUUGUCCUCACUAUUAACAGUCAAUAAAGUUACAUUCACUUGGGAA